AUGCAAUCAAUUGACCUCAAUUACUUGCAACAGAAGUCAAAUGAAUGUAUUCAGGAGCGGCAUGCUCCAUCUAGCUUGUACACUACCUACGCGUGCUGCCAGGCCACCAUGGCUGUUCCUCAAAGUUACUCUACGCGUUUUGUGCCGAACGGAUCGUCGCCUGCACGGAGAAGCGAACUCGCCAGCCGAAUUGUUGCGCAGAAAAACUACCUUUCCUACUGUAGGGAUCCCCUGGAGUGUGGCGGGGCGAUUUCCCUACAGCAGCCUUCCCAGUGCCUUCCGACCGCGCCAUCACAGCAGGGAGGCAGAGCUUCCAUGUUUUUUGAUGAGGAGCGUUUCGAUGAGACCCGUGUAGUGUUCAUCAACGGUGAGCCACACAAAGUAAGCAGUGGUCACCAGAGCGAACGUACGCUCUACGGGUUGGACUCUCCAACCGCUGCCAUUCGAGAUGUAGUGGUGGCCGCUGCUGCAAACCAAGCCAAGAAAUCGAAUGCCGUAUCUUCCUCAGGAGGAGCACGAAAAAGACUGUAUGGACCCCAGCAGCAGAGUUCUACCACCAGACAUGUUGCCGAAGCCAAGAGGCAAAGCGUUGGAAGCAAUGGAGCAUGCAAAGAACAGCACGGAAAGGGUAGUACCUCCCCUGACAGAUAUCGUGACUACCUUUCUCCAUCUGGACGGGUCUACCGCCUUUUCCGUCUCCACAAGCGGCACCUUCCACCCAUCGGGGAAAGUGAAAAAGCGAAAGGCUUCUCAAUCCAUGCGAACGGUGCGAAGGAAACAUCACGAACUAAACAGCCAAGGAAUCGCGGGUCAGCUGAAUGUGACCGUGAAAUCAACGGCAGGUGCGAGGUGAGGGAAGAUCAAGUAGCAGCAGACCACCCCAGCAGCGGGUGGAAGCCGGUAAAAGAUGGCAAGGUAGCGUCACCUCUGCGGAAAGGGCGCAUAACAAAGCCGCACAAGUCUCACAAAGCUUCGAAAAAUGUGCGAGGCAAACACAACGGACGGCGUCAGCUUGACGCUGCCUCUCAUCAGAACAGUUGCGCCACAAAACAUAAAUGCAGACGCUGCCAACAUAGUUUGAGCUCAACAUCUCCAAGAAAUGCGCCAUCUGAGUCCUCGUCGUGGUUGCUUUCUCCAUCAGCGAGCCCAUUUGAAGAUAUCGCGGACACGCGCACAGGCGGUCAUGAAUGUGAUGGCGCUUCAUCAUGCAGGGAGCGUCGCCAGCGUUCCCAUGACCAUCAUGGUGCGUUGCAGAACGACAGAGAAGAUCGCCGGCUUCCACCAAUCGGAGGGGACCAGUGGCACCGUCCAGCGCCCCCUCCACCUUUGCAUCGCUCCAGUCGCCCGCGUGAUGCGCAUAGGCGCAGACGUCAACACCACGAAGGUGGGAGGCACAUCACGAAACAAAGAGGAAGCCGUAGCGAUGUUCUUUCGGACUCGAGUGAACUCUCGUCAUCGCUUUCUGACUCUGCCGUUUGUGUGUGGUCCUCUUUGUCUAGUAGCAUCGAUAGGGCGAGUGACACGUCCGACUGCGUGGUCAUGGAUAAGCCGCAGCGGAGUCCACCGGAAGAGCACUGGCAACGGAGGGGCACUGCACGACACAGACGCGCGGGAAGUGCAUCGCCGCUUCUUUCGGAGGGCGAUGGCAAGGAUCAAGCGUUGCUUGGAUGCUCAAGGAGCUGCUCGAGUGACAGAGACCCGGAGUGGGAGGAUGCGGACUCUACUUCAUCUCCCUCCUCGUCCACGUCGCUGUCAUCUUCGGAGCUGAGUUCAACUUCAACGUGGAGUGCUGAGGUGCGGAGGCCACGAGGCCGCGACGGUCGCCAACGUCAUCGCCGCAGCGCUUACUCACCUCCAUCUCCGUCGCGCAAGGGAAGAAGGCCGGGGGCGAGGGGUUCUGCAUCAAAUCGUCAUCGAAGGCGCGAUGGGGACAAGGCGCGGAACACGAGGAGACCCAUCCGUUCAUCAUCCUCGCCGAGCUCGUCAAGUGAUGAUUCUGGUUCAGACAGGAGCCCCGGCAAAUCUCGGGCGCGCUCCAGAGUUGCCCAGGCGACACAGCGACGGCCCCACUCACGUACUCUACCGCCCAUCGUCCACGCAGUUGUCCCAGCUCACCUGCCAGGGGUGCUGCCACCUUUGAUGGAGGAGGUGCUGGCAAGUACGCGCUAUGCUACGUCUGCGGCAACGCCGCUGGCACAGAGACUACAGAUAGCCCAGGCGACUGACGCCACCCACAGCUGCGGGAGCCCGGCCGUCCCGCCACCGCGCUUAGAGCAGGGUACAGCUGGCAAAGGAGUAGGCCAGUCCCACGACACCGUUGACUCGACGCAGCGCGCGCACCAGAAGAUGUCCACAUCUCCGCUGCAGGUGAACCGUUUCGGUGACUUGGUGACCCCGUCUGCCGCGUUAUCUGGUCCCGUCUGCACGUCGGCACAGGCUGACGACAGCGACAAGGGGGCCUCGCCCCAACAGCAACCGUCUCACAAGACGGGGGGCCCGACACCAUCACCGGCAACGGAGCCGCUGGACUUGGACUACAUUACAGAGCACGUGCUAAGGGUCAUUCAGAACCGUUUGGCCGGCAAAGACAACGCGCACGAGGACGACGCUGCGACAGCGUUGCGCAAGCGCGAGGCAGCGGGGCGCGAGCGUGCUCGUCAGGAGGAGGUAAGAGAGGCGGUGAAGCGGGCAGCCGAGCAAGCGCGGCUGCGUGAUCUUCUUCGAGAGGCCCAGCAAGAGGCACGCCAGGCGCGAGGAGAGCAGCUAUCCUUAAGCAGUCUAACGGACUCGCUGCGGUUUGUGCUCGCACAGAUCACCCGUCUUAUGGAACAUGGCGACGGCGCCGGUGAUGACACGGCGCAGCUUGGCCUAAUGCACAAGGCCACACAUAAGGACGGCAACCCAUCAACGGCGGUUGGGACGCUGAACUCAAGCACACUACUUUACGGUGCUGCUGGGCACGAUGCAAUGACGCCGCCGGAUGCAGGCGCUAGUGGUGGUAGUGGAAGUAACACCGGAGAUACGGCCGUAGCGGUCGAGGGCGGCCACGCACCGUCUUUGCCCGAUUCGGCCCUGGAUGCAGCGACGCUGCAGCGGCUGAUUACAGAGCUUCGACGACGACGUCACGGCCACCAACUCGAGCUGCGCCUCCAGCGGCAGAGGGAAGAGGCGGAGGCCAAGGCGUUGGAGGCAGCUCAGCAGCAGCAGCAGAAGCAAGAACUCGAUGAGCUUGUCGCCAAUGAGCAUCAGGCCCGCGCCAGUCUGCACAGAACUGAGGAAGAGGCGUUGGACGAGGUGCUUGUCAGAGCUGCGUCGGCUCUGGAGGAGGCCAUCGGUAGAAUGAUGGGGGCCCAGUUUAGGGCCCGCAUGCUACUGUGCGAGGAGGAGUUCAACAAGCGCACAGAGAUCGUCGUCACCGAGGAGGAAGAGGCAGCCGACUUCUGGCAUUUCGCCGCGGAUCUUUGGCAGGCUGCCGAAGACGCGGAGGCGGAAAGACUGCAGGCGGAGGCUGAGCGCAUGGAGGAGGAAGCUGUAACCGCGAAGAUUUCCAAGGGUUGCAAUGGGUUAGGCCAGCGCAGCAGCGGCAGCGGCACUCAGUCCACCGCUGGCGUGGAGAAGAUUGUGCUGUCGAACCUCAUUCCUGGUCAGCUGCUCGGCAUCAAGGGAGGGAAGUCCAUCGAAAAUGGCGGCAAGAUCCGCCUUAUAGGCGAUCCGCACGUCGAAGCCGUGGAGGCGCAUGCGCGGGAGCGCCGCCGUCUUGAUCGUCUGCGCCAGCAGCGGCUUGCCUCCGGUUUGCCAUCGCACCCUGGGACGAACAAAGCCAACGACGCAGGCGGCAGCCGACUUUCCAGCCGUCAGCCUUCGACGGUGCGCACGGGCUUCACCGGCGGUGCUGUCAGUGCGCUGAAGCCUUACAGUCGAGCAUCGUCGCACAAUUUUCCAGUGUUGUCGCCUGGCCGGCUUUCACAGGACGAGAGUAAUCGAGUUGGCGAGCGGUCGUCAAGCCAAAGCCGCCUGCCUAGUCGGUCGAACUUUGUGUCGGACGGCGAUGUCGACUUGGAAGUCUACGGACGCCAAGUUGAAAUGAUGUCCAAGAGGCGCAGCCGCCCCUCGUUGCCGACUUCUGCGCGAGGCACCCCCGUGAAGGGCAGCGCUGAAAUUGCCACCAGGCCAUACAAUAAGCGGCCUAGCGAGGGGCUGCUGUUCAUGGACAUGUACUCCUCGGAGGUUGGGCACUAG